AAAGUCACCUUUUUGUUGUAGUCUCAUGCAGUUAAGAUGUUUAAAAGGUUGUUAAACAGAAAGGAAAAUGAAAAGUCUCCGCAAGCCUCACCCCAGAAAGUUUCAUCUGAGGAGGCACAGGGUUUUGUUUGUCCUAUUUGUAUGAUAUCCCUCCAAUCAGCUGAAGGAUUACAGAAGCACUUUGAAGAUGCUCAUGAUGAAAGCAAGCAGAGUCAAGGGGAAGGAUUUUUGUGCCCCAUCUGUAAAAAAUCUUUACCUUCUCCAGAGGAGCUUCAGGCCCAUUUUGACUCCACUCAUGACGAGAAAGCAGUGACAUCAGAGAACAGAGAUGGGGAUGUUUUGGCUAUGAGGCAAGAAAUUGAAGAUCUUAAAACCUCCCUGAAGGAGGAGAGAUGGUACACAGAGGAACUGAAGAAAGAAUUAGGGAAGGUUCCAGUGGAGGGAGGGGCCAAGGCUAUUCCAUUAUCUGCUCAGGAAAGAUCAGAGCUGGAGAUGAAUCGGUUGCAGCUAAGGUGCUCCGAGGAGAGUCGAACUCUGUUGAGUUCGGAGGUUCACCAUCUACAAACCAAGGUAUCCGAGUUAAACAGUAAAUUGGAGGAUGUAACUUUGGAGAGGGACAGACUACAGACGAAAUCGGGGGAAAUGGCUUCAGAACUAGUUGCUGUUAAAGCCCGGGCAGAUGAGAUUGAGAGCCAGAGGGGUGCACAUGAAGAUCACAUUUUCACCCUGAAGCAACAAGCAGAACAAAAAGAAGACCAGAUCAAAAAUCUGGAAAUCCAACUGAAUCAGAGGCCUGGUACAGAGGAUGUCCUUGUGUUAAAGCAGGAAUUGAUAUCUGUACAGAAACUGAUGGACAACAUGACUCUGGAGCAAGAAAAAGAGAAGGAGGAGCUGAAAAAGAAAAUGACAGCUCUGGAGGAGGAGUAUAAAGGAAAACUUGAAAAAAUAGCAGAAUUGGAAACUCUCUUAAACAGCGCUCCAAAAUCAGAGGAAGUUCAAUUAUUGAAGUCAACAGUGUCAGAGAAGUCUGAAUACUCAGAAAAACUCAUGUCUGAAGUCAAAGAUAAGCAAUCCGCAAUAGAGAGUCUGACUGAGGAGCAGAAUAAGCUGAAAGAUGAAUUACAUAAAUCACAAAGUCUUAUAGAAGAGAGGGACACUAGUUUAUCCAAGCUUCAGGCUGACCUUGAUGAAGUUAAUGAGGAACUGGAGACUGUAAGGCAACAGCUUCAACAAAAAGAGAACCAGUUUGAACAACUACAAUCUGACCUUCAACAGGGCCAAGAGCAGAACACUUCUGUGAAUCAGAUGCUACUGGAGAAAUCCAAUCAAAUUGCAGUGUUACAGAGAACCCUGGACAGUCGAGAUUCAGAGCUUAACAAAUCACAUCAAAACUUGGAAGUUCUGCAGAAAAAAUUGGAUGAAACAUCUGCCGAGUUACAAAAGCUUCAGGAGACUGUCCAAGAGAGAGAAAAACAGUUAAGUGACCUAGAAAAGACAUUUGCAGAAAGCAAGUCCCAGGCACAAGAACAGCUGCAUCAAAAAGAACAACAGCUCAAUGAUGUGAAAACACAGUAUGAAAAGAUCCAGGCCACUUCUGAAACCAAAAAUUCCCAGCUUUCAGAUUUGGAGCAGCAGCUUAACACAAUGACAACACACUAUCAGAAUGAGUGUGCAGCAUCUGAUGACUUGAAGACUAACCUCAGGGACAAGGAACAGCUGUUGGAAGAGGAGACUAGAAAACUCACAGCCAGAGACCAGAAGAUAACAGAGUUGGAUUCCCAGCUUGGAUCACUGAGGGAAGAAAUGGGUAGACUGGAGUCAGAGAGAACGGAUCUCAUAGCUAAGAUUGAGGCUGGUGAGGGAACAGAGACUGUAAUUAAUCAAUUAAAGCAAGAAAAGACAAUACUCCAAGAAAAAAUAUCUCACUUAGAGCAGUCACUGAGCACACAGAAGUCAGAGAGUGGACAGAAAAUCGAAAAUCUCCACAAACAACUGAAUGAGGUGAAAGGUCAACUGCAGACAGCCCAGGACAAAGCACAAAAACAGAAAUCAGUUUUGGAAGAAAAAACAGAAAAAAUUCAGGCCGCACAGCAGAAAAUUCAACAGCUUGAGGGUGACUUGAAGACAAAGAGUGAACUCCUCAUUGCGGCAGAAGCAGCACGCACAAGUCAACGUGCCGACUUAGAAAAUCACAUCAAAACUUCACAGAACAUGUUAGAGGAAAAGUCUGGGGAGCUUGCCAAAGCUCAAAAACAGAUAGAACAGAUUUCACAGGAAGUUAGUUCUAAAAAAGAGAAGAUUGCAACCUUAGAGAGCUCCAUCAAGGAACAACAAGAAAAAAUCAAUGCACUGUCACAACAGACUGUCGUGUUGGAACGUCAGCUCAGAGAGAAGACAUCGGCUUAUGAUAAAAGCUCAUCCCAAGUCAAAGAUCUAGAAAGUCAGCUGAAUGCAGAAAAGGUGAAUAACAAGGAACUUAAAAAACAACAGGCGCAAAUGGAAAAGAACCUAAACUCUGAGAAAAAAGCCCAUGAAACAGAAGCGAACAAGUUAAAAGGAGAGGUAGAGAAACAGAUGACGGAAAAGAAAGCCUUAGGAACACAGAUCACUCAGCUGAAAUCUGAUGUAGACUCUAAGGAUAAAGCUGUAGAAGAGAAGUCCAGAGAAAUAGAGACUCUAAAGACAGAGAAGGAUGAGAUCAUGACAAAGUUAGAAGAACUGAAGGCUACUGUAACAAAAAUGGAGCAGACUCAUUCUUCUGAGGUGAAGAGAUUACAGGAGGAGGGGGGCAAGGCUCAGAGAACAGCACAGGAAAAACAAAACAGUUUACAACAGCAGGUACAUAUAACAACAGGUGCAUUACAUAUAACAACAAGUGCAGUAAAUAAAACAACAGAAUUAGAGGCUUCCAUGAAGGCAAAAGAAAAGGAACUCAAAGACACAGUAGACAAACAUGUCAAGGAGAAGAAAACAUUAGAGAAUGAAUAUAAGAAGAAGGAGGAUGAACUGCGAGCAGAAAUGAAUGCCGUCUCGGUGGAACUAAACGAUGUCAGGUCCCAGCUCAACAAAGAGAGGGAAUCACUCUCUUCAAAGACAGAGUCUGAAAAUACCCUCAAGAGCAAGAUCUCUGACUUUGAGUCGAGAAAGAGAGAAUUAGAAGGAACCAUUGAGAAGUUGAGGUCGGAAUUGGAGGAUGAGAAAGAAAGUCUGGCUCAGCAGAAGGAGAUAAGUGAUCUGAAGAUACAGGAACUACAAAGUAUGGUACAGGAGAAAGUGUCUGAGUCCGAAAAACUCCAGGAACAGACAAAGGAGCUCCAAGAGAAGUUAGAGAAAUCUGUUAAGGAAACUGAAGGACUGAGAUCAGAGAGAACAGAUCUCCAAAGGAAGACGGAAGAACUUCAAAGGGAGCUAACCGACUCCAAAGAAAAAGUGACAGAACUCAACCAGUCAUUUGAUGAGCUGAGCGAGAUUCGGAGCGCAAUGAAUACACAGAUGGUUCAAUUAGACAAAGAACUGACAAAAUUCAAAGAGAAGGCAGAAAAAUACAAAGGAGAAAAGGAAAGUUUGGAAUCUGAAGUUGAGGAACUGGAGAGAAAAUACGGAGAGACAAAAAUCACCAGUGAUUCUUACGAAAAAGAUAUUGAGAACCUGACAAAAAGUCUGGACAGAGAAAAGUCAGAGAGAAAACAGGAAGUUAAAAGUCUUGAAGAGGCGAAAGAUCUCCUUAUCAGUCAGAAGUUGGAAAUUUCCAAUCAAAUUAAAGAUCUUAACGAACAACUAGAACAGGUUAAGUCAAAACAGAAAGAGGAAAUGGAGGCAUCUAGAAAUACGCAACAGACUUUACGAGAAGAAAGCUCCAGACUGCACACUAAACUGACAGCAGCUGAACAAGAGCGUGGGGACAUUCAGAGACAAGCAGAUGAAGAAAGGGCAAAGUUCGAAGUUCAGAUGUCGGUUCUAAAUGAGAACUUGACCACUAUACGGGGAGAUCUAGUGUCCACUCAAACAGCUCUGGAGGAGGCGAACAAACUCAACGAUCAACUCAGAGGGGAGAAACUUGAAAUGGAGGCCAAAUUAGAAAAUAACAAUGAUGAAAGAAGAAUUUUACUUGAAAGGUGUUUAACAAGUGAGGAGGAAUGUGAAAAAUUACGACAGAAAUCAACAGAUCUGAAACGUAAACUAGACGAUACGCAGGCAGCUUUACAGGAACUGGGGAGAGAGAACCAGUCUCUACAGAUCACCACUACCAAAGUGAGCAGUAGGAAAUGGGCGGACGACAACGACGUCAAGGAGUGUAUGGGGUGUAAUAAAGGAUUCUCUGUCACAGUCAGACGGCAUCACUGCAGAAACUGUGGGAAUAUUUUCUGCAAUGAUUGCUCAUCUAAAGAAGCGAGGCUAGCUCUGGCUAAAAAACCAGUCCGUGUUUGUGAUAAUUGUUUCAGGGACAUCACUCGCAAAAAAUGAAGAUCAAGGAGAGAGAACAUACCUGUUUUGUUAAUGACAUACCCGAGUGAUUAUGGAACUU